UCAAUAUUUGUCAAAUUCUCGUUUUCAUCUGUUCCUUUGGUAAGGUUUUCCAAUUUUUGCAUAGAAAAGUCGAAAAUUUGUGCAAUUUUGUAGCGUAUAAACGCUGUUCGGGAAGUUGUAAUGCAAUAAGCAAGUAAAUAAAUUAACAUCGGAAACGGGAAAUAAAAAUAAGGUUCGUGGAGCAAUUGUAAAACCGGACAGGAGUAGAUCAUCAUUUGAAAUUAUGUCGGACAUGCUUCUUAAUAAACCGACUCCUGAACGGAGUGUCGCAGGAAGUAAAGACCCGGAAAUGAAAGGUUGGCUUAUGAAGUGGACCAACUACAUUAAAGGUUAUCAACGACGUUGGUUUGUCCUAUCAAGAGGAGUUUUGAGUUAUUAUCGCAGCCAAGCUGAAAUGAAUCACACAUGUCGCGGUACUAUAUCGCUUCACGGUGCUCUUAUACACACAGUGGAUUCGUGCACUUUUGUUAUCUCAAAUGGUGGUACACAAACGUUUCAUAUUAAAGCUGCCAAUGAGGUAGAACGACAAUCUUGGGUAACAGCUUUGGAAUUAGCCAAAGCAAAAGCAAUACGUACUAUGGAAACCGAGGAAGAGGAGGAAGUUGAAACGUCACAUGUGGUACCUAGCCAAGAGAUCAACACAGUGAUGGCAGAGCUAACAGGUCGUCUGGAGAGUUUGCGCACCUGUUACGAUUUAAUCACUAAACAUGGUAUUGCUUUACAGAGAGCACUAAGUGAGUUAGAGUCGAAUGACGAAGAGUCACUUGCCAGUCGCACAAAGAUUGUUAAUGAGCGGGCUACGCUAUUUCGUAUUACAUGCAAUGCAAUGAUUAAUGCAUGUAACGAUUACCUACGCAGUGCUGAGUCGCAAGGCCAUAAGUGGUCGAAAAUGGUUGAGCACGAAAGAGAACAACGACAACGGCUGGAAGAAAUGGUUGAAAUGUUAGCCAAACAGCAAACUCGCCUCGAACAGGCAGCACACACAGCCGCGCAACACAAUAAACCGCUAGCAAUAGCAAACGAAAGUGCAGCUUCACCAAAUGCAGUUACAUCUGACGACGAAAACGAAUUUUUUGACGCAGAAGAAAACAACGGGGUAUUCGGCGAAAAUUCACCGAAUGAAGCUAGUGGAUUUGUAAUGACAUUGCCUUCAAAAAGUAGUACUCAUAAAGGGGAGGAUGUUGAAGAUGGAUCAUUUGUUAUGAAACUACAAAAAACACGCUCUAACUCAGAGGAACAAACACACCACAGCAGUUCUUCAGAAAAUGAAGAACUUAAACUAACCGAAUCCGAGCCUCAGCAAGUUGUUGUUAUAAGCAAAAAAAAUAGCAUUAUAUCUCAAAAAAGUAUCUCCAAACACAAUAAUGGAAACCAGCAAAAUCAAAAGGUCGCACAACUACCUAAGACAAAUCGGCAACGACGUACGCGCGUACCAGAUAAACCAAAUCAUCCACUUAAUCUAUGGUCGGUAAUGAAAAAUUGCAUCGGUAAAGAACUUUCAAAAAUUCCAAUGCCAGUUAAUUUUAAUGAGCCUUUGUCAAUGCUUCAACGACUUACGGAAGAUUAUGAAUAUGCCGAUUUGUUGGACGCAGCUGCACGUUGUACAGAUGAAUGUGAACAGCUGGCAUAUGUGGCGGCCUUCACAAUUACUAGCUAUGCAACAACGACAAAUCGGACUGGCAAACCCUUCAAUCCACUUUUAGGUGAGACGUUUGAAUGUGAUCGCAUGGAUGACCUUGGAUGGCGUGUUCUCGCUGAACAGGUGUCACAUCAUCCACCAAUGGCUGCUUUACAUUGCGAGGGGCGUGAAUGGACCUGCUGGCAGGAAUUCACAAUGACAAGCAAAUUUCGCGGAAAAUAUCUGCAGGUCAUACCGCUUGGGAGCGCAUACGUAAAUUUCCCCGCUACUGGUCAUAAAUACACGUGGCGUAAGGUAACGACGACUAUUAAUAAUAUUAUCGUUGGAAAAUUAUGGGUCGAUCAACAUGGCGACAUGGAAAUCAGAGGACUCAAUGCAGCAUCCGGUCUCACAUGUCAUCUUAAGUACAUCGCAUAUUCAUACUUUUCACGCGAGCAACAACGUCGCGUAAAGGGUGUGAUCAUGGAUCGGAAUAAAGAAGUCAAAUGGGUGUUGCGUGGCACUUGGGAUGCUUCUAUCGAAAUUGCGCCUGUACUUUCAACUUCCGGUUCGACUGAUAGUCCAGUUUACCAAACCGGUGGUUACAAAACAGUGUGGACACGACGAAUGCAGGCACCAGAUAGUGACAAGUUCUACAACUUUACAACGUUGGCAGCCCAAUUAAAUGAACCCGAAGAAGGGGUUGCACCUACCGACUCACGUCUUCGUCCCGAUCAACGUUUAAUGGAAGAGGGGAAAUGGGAUGAGAGUAAUCGUGAAAAGCUGCGUCUGGAGGAGAAGCAACGUAGAAAGCGGCGAGAACGCGAAUCGGAAGCAGAAGCUGCAGCAAACGAGGGUCGUCCAUAUCAGCCAUAUGAACCGUUAUGGUUUAGACGCGAAAAGGAAGAGGGUAGUGAUAAUUUGGUGCAUGUUUUUAAUGAAUCCUAUUGGAAGCACAAGCAAGAUCAAGACUGGUCUCAAUGUCCUGACAUAUUCUAAAUGUAAUAAAACGUUUUUACCAAAAGCCUAACAGCGAAACCCACUAACAUAAUACAUGAAAAUUUAAAAGUUUAAAUGCGAAAGUUAUAUUAUAUAAUAUUAAACUAAAAGUGAAGUAAAACUUAACACAAUAUAUCUAUAUACACAUACUUAGAAAAUUACAGAAAGACGAAAAUGCACUCAAACGAAUAAUUUUAGAAGAAAAAAAAAAACAAAAA